GAUCGGAGUUCCGGAUACAGAGCCCAAGGAUGAAUGUUCGUCUUGUCAGCGAUGGUGACAGGGUACUGCGGCAGGAGAGCCGCCGCCUAGUGGAUGACACCUCAGCUCAAGCUAGAGAAGCAAAUAGCCCGGCUCCUUCGGGUCUGCAAAGUCUGCCUUUCCCCGCAGGCCCCAGGAAUGACGACCUUUCGCACGACUGCGCCUCUCAGCCCGCCAGUCUUCCGUUCUCUCCCGUCAUGCCACUUCCCGAAGACGGCAAAGGCUCUGGCUUCCACGCGGGGACUAAACGGAACCACGAGCCCUUUAUUGCUUCAGAGCGAUAUGCAAACAGCAGCGUGGGCUUCAGCAGUAACGCCCAUGCCCAACCGCCGGAGAAAGUGACGCUCCUUGUAGAUGGCACGCGGUUUGUGGUGAACCCCCAGAUUUUCACUGCUCACCCGGACACCAUGUUGGGAAGGAUGUUUGGACCAGGGAGAGAGUACAACUUCACACGGCCCAAUGAGAAGGGAGAGUACGAGAUUGCGGAAGGAAUCAGUGCGACUGUAUUUCGCACAGUGCUGGAUUACUACAAAACUGGUAUCAUCAAUUGUCCCGAUGGCAUCUCUAUUCCAGACCUUAGAGACACGUGUGAUUAUCUCUGCAUUAACUUUGAUUUCAACACCAUCCGGUGUCAAGAUCUGAGUGCUUUGCUGCAUGAACUGUCCAACGAUGGUGCUCACAAGCAGUUUGAUCACUACCUCGAAGAGCUGAUCCUGCCCAUCAUGGUGGGCUGUGCCAAGAAAGGGGAGCGAGAGUGCCACAUUGUUGUGCUGACAGAUGAAGAUUCCGUGGACUGGGACGAAGACCACCCCCCGCCCAUGGGGGAAGAGUAUUCUCAAAUUCUUUAUAGCUCCAAGCUCUACAGGUUCUUCAAAUACAUUGAGAAUCGGGAUGUUGCAAAAACUGUGUUGAAGGAACGGGGCUUAAAAAACAUUCGUAUUGGUAUCGAAGGCUAUCCUACGUGUAAAGAAAAGAUUAAGAGACGACCUGGAGGCCGGUCAGAGGUGAUCUACAAUUACGUGCAGCGCCCCUUUAUCCAGAUGUCAUGGGAAAAGGAAGAAGGAAAGAGCCGCCACGUGGAUUUCCAGUGUGUGCGAAGCAAGUCCCUUACGAACUUGGUAGCAGCUGGAGAGGAUGUCGUGGAGGAUCAGGAGAUACCGAUGCACCACCCACCCCAAGUGGACGAGCUCGAUCGGCUCAAUGCCCCGCUCUCUCAGCUGGCAUCUAAUGACUUUCAGGACUAGGGCCAACUGCGGGUCCAUUCCUUCCGGGAGCUUUUCUUGGGGGGGGGGUCACCCACCCCCAGCCCGCCCCGUCUGUCUCCCUCUGAGGAAGGACACGGACGUUUCUCCCUCUGGCCUUUCCUGUCGCCCGUGAUGAAUGUGUCCUUUUACCUAAGUUGUGCUUCUCCAGUGGAGAAGCGCUGCUGAGGAGGCAGACCGGCAUGCGGCAGCCCUGGGAACCUGACAGAUGUGUGUCUGGGGCUGUUCACUGAGUCUUUGCAGAGCUGCAAAGCAGGGAAGGCAGUUAAGGCUCCUGUUGCCUCGCAUCCAGCAAAGCAAUCCUCAUCCUUACGCUCAGUUCGUUGUCUGUCUUGUUUUGUACCAGGCAAAGGGACCAACCCUGAAAGACACCAUUCAAAUGUCCAAAGGAAAAUUCUCCCUAAGAGCUUGAGUUCAACCUUGUUUCUCAUUAAUGCUGUGAACAAUCCAAAACCAUGUAGCCAGACUCAUUGUAUAACGAAGUUUAUCAAACUUAUUCAACUUCAAGGUUUUUGAGAUUCAACAGAUUCUUCGUGUGUAAUGAAAGGACUCGAGGAGGAGGUCUCCAAAGGAAGAUCCUGGCUGGGAUCCAGAGCAAGGCCACGGGGCAGCUCCGUGUGGCUGAGAGGCCUGUGGCCAGGCUGAAAGGCUUUCAGGCUGUGGGCAGAACUGCCUCCCAAGCUUUAAAGGAAAGAAGGUGAUGCUGAGGGGGGACAGGUCACCUGCACAGGCCGCCCCUGUAGUUUUCUCUGGAUGUUCUUUUCAGAUCUUAGAAUUUUUGUGAUUGAUACAUUUCACGUUUUAAAAUAGCCUGUCAGCUGCUUCGACACCAAGUAAAGUGGAUUGAAGGGGACUCAGGUGGAAGGGAGUGUCAUCGUCCCCUCCUCCCCCCAGUUCUGAAGCCCCUUCCUCCGAGGCCUCUGGCUGUUGGCAGCAGAGCCGGGCGGCAGGCGGGCAGCACCAUGUAUGGUGUGAGGGCACGCGUCCACUUUAAGGACCCCACAGGCUGGGCCAGGGCGGUGGGUGUGCAGACCGCCUUUUUGUGCCUCAGUUGGCCUCCCAGCCACCCACCCGGAGCACUUACUCAGCCAGGUGGUGAAGAGGCAGUUUCCUUCCGGACCAUGACCUCCUCAAGUCCCACUUCCGGACGAUCCUAAAGGGCAAGCUACUCUACCCCACGUCCUGACUCCCUCGUGGGAUUCUCCAGAGAUAAGCCAGGGCACUCUUCCAGGUAUGAAGAAGAGAGCUAAGAAGCGUGUUUCCUCUGUGUCUGUAUGUGACACUGCAUGGUAACGGUCGGGCCUGGGCUCUGUUCCUGACCCAGGGACGGGGUAGGAGGUGUCUAAGCGAGCCUUCCCAUACCCCACCCUGGUCCCUGAUAGCCAGUGGCUCCCAUUCGCAGGGCUGAUGGCUGGGCCAGUGGGCAGCUUGUAGCCUGGGUCGUUUUUCUUUGUGUGAGAUUAUUGGUUCCUGUCGGAGUUGAGACAGACGAGCAGUUGACCCAUCCAGUCAGUCUGAUGGUGCUUCUUUAUCUUCUCCGUGCCCUUCGUGCCAUUAGAGAACGGUGACCUCUGUGCAUUUAGGACUUCCAGCGGGAGUUCCUUGAGUAGUGUGUGUAACUUCUCCUCAGUACACGGCUUCUGUGUGAACAUUCAUUGUCCACCCUCCACUGCUAAUAACGCUCCUCACUAGCCCUCACACAGAGUAUGGAAAUAGGGCCUGGCCCUGUUCCAUGGACAGAUCUCAUUUUCUCAGGCUUUCAAAACCACAGUCUUGCUUUCCUUCUCCCCAGUUUGGGUUAGCGUGGUCUUGCUCCCAGUGUUGGGUGAGGGAUGUUACAAAUGAGUGAGAAACCUGGGGUGGUAAAUCUCUCUGCCAUUGUCACUAGGGGUGCCUUGGGGGAGAGCCCCUGCCCCCAGCCUGGAGCCCAGCAUCACUACAGUUGAAUGGUUCCACUCACCUGGGGCCACUUGCUGACAGGACUUGUCAGUGCUGGGCUUAAGGUCAUCCCUCUCCGUAGUCAGCUACUGGCCAGCUGAGCAAGAGGAUUUUGCAUAAGGACAAUAAGAAGUGGGGAUCAGGUUUUGUGGGUUUUUUUAAGUGCCUAAAUAAACAAGCCAAGUUGUUUGCACCGAAACAUUUUCUUUAAAAAAUAGUCUCAUCCAGAAAAUCUUACUCAGGCAUCUCAGCAAGCCAGGAUGGGCCUGAGGUUUAGAAUGUGUAUGUGUGUAUCGUAUUAGAAAAGAUGGGCCUUUGAGGAGCUCGGGGGAGGACAGGGCGACAGAGUUCCAUGUGUCAGUCACGUAUGUUCUUGCCCAAGCGGAGGGAAAGUACCGAAAGAAUGACGGCAAAGAGAGAAGAUGGGAAAUCAGCUGGAUUUACUGCACAAUGUGCAACAGCCAGUGUUACCCUAAAUUCCUAAGAACGCCACGGUCGACGUGCACCUAGGUCUACGAAAGUACUCGGACUCGGCCCAGGAGGGGGCGACUUGGAAAUGGCGUGCCAGGACUCCUUUUGAGAGCAGGUAUCUUACUCACAGGCUUAAAUUAACGCAAGCUGUUAUUGUAACAGGGAGUUGUUUUUUCAAUCAAGUGUCAAAAGAAGUUCCAGAAACAGUAGUAUUGGGUUCUGUGCCACUUCUGGCCAUCCUGUAGAAAUGGUCCCAGUGGCAGAGUGGCCCUGAGCUAACCAGAUGUCUCUGAAAUAUGUACCCUGUCUGCUGGGUGGGACAACCUCUGCAGGACAUGCCAUUUCCUCGUAAAGGCAAAAUCCCUGUAGCAUUUGCCUUUUGACUAUAUUUACUUUAACAUUGCACUUGUUCUGUACUGGGGAGGCUUUUUCUAUCAUUAAAGUAUUACCAUCUG